GUGAGGACUCUGCCUGGGGCUCCGUGGACGAUUCUGAAUCAUGGAGGCAAAGAGGACUCUUCCGGCCAGGAGACCUUCCUGUUGAAAGUUGUGGCCCAGCUUGGCCGGCCCUUCCUGUCUUCGGCUGUCUUGGGGAGAGGCUCCCACCGACCCAGAGCUAGGGGGUUGCGGCUUCCCCGGAUGGGGAGGUGGGCCUUCGACGUGGCCUUUGUGUGGAAGGCGGUGUUGACUCUGGGGCUGGUCCUCCUCUAUUACUGCUUCUCCAUCGGCAUCACCUUCUACAACAAAUGGCUCACCAAGAGCUUCCACUUCCCCCUCUUCAUGACGAUGCUGCACCUGGCCGUGAUCUUCCUGUUCUCCGCCCUGUCCAGGGCGCUGGUUCAGUGCUCCAGCCACAGGGCCCGCGUGGUGCUGAGCUGGACGGACUACCUCAGGAGAGUAGCUCCCACAGCACUGGCAACAGCGCUUGACGUGGGCUUGUCCAACUGGAGCUUCCUCUACAUCACCGUCUCGCUGUACACGAUGACCAAGUCCUCCGCUGUCCUCUUCAUCCUGAUCUUCUCGCUGAUCUUCAAGCUGGAGGAGCUGCGCGCAGCGCUGGUCCUGGUGGUCCUCCUCAUCGCCGGGGGCCUCUUCAUGUUCACCUACAAGUCCACACAGUUCAACGUGGAGGGCUUUGCCUUGGUGCUGGGGGCCUCGUUCAUCGGCGGCAUCCGCUGGACCCUAACCCAGAUGCUCCUGCAGAAGGCCGAACUUGGGCUCCAGAACCCCAUUGACACCAUGUUCCACCUGCAGCCACUCAUGUUUCUGGGGCUCUUCCCUCUCUUUGCCAUAUUUGAAGGUCUCCAUUUGUCCACGUCUGAGAAAAUCUUCCGUUUCCAGGACACAGGGCUGCUCCUGCGGGUACUAGGGAGCCUCUUCCUUGGCGGGAUUCUCGCCUUCGGUUUGGGCUUCUCCGAGUUCCUCCUGGUCUCCAGAACCUCCAGCCUCACUCUCUCCAUUGCUGGCAUUUUUAAGGAGGUCUGCACUCUGCUGCUGGCAGCUCACCUGCUGGGGGACCAGAUCAGCCUCCUGAACUGGCUGGGCUUCGCCCUCUGCCUCUCGGGCAUAUCCCUGCACGUUGCUCUCAAAGCCCUGCACUCCAGAGGUGAUGGGGGCCCUAAGCCCUCGAAGGGGCUGGGCUCCCACCCCGACCUGGAGCUGCUGCUCCGGAGCGGGCAGCCAGAGGAGGACGACAAUGAGGAAGAAGAGGCGUACUUCGUGGCCCAGGGGCAGCAGUGACCAGCCGGGAGACCAGCUUGGAGGCAGGCCUCUCCCCGCCCUCACACCUCACAGCAGCUCGGGGACCCAGGGGGCCCUUCGCGGCAGCUGGGGAGCAGCGGGCCAGGCCUCUCCCAGGCCGGGCCUUGGGGAGCGCGCAAUCGCCUGGCGGGGCUCGCUCGGGGAGCUGAGGAGACUGCGGGGUGCGCGUCGGGCCAGAGCAGGGCCGAGGCCGUGCUGGAGGCCCAGCGGGACAAGGGAAUGGGCGGUCCUCGGCCGCUUGCCAGGCUCUGGCGGCCAAGGUGGUGCUUUCCGGGGCACAGCGGGUUUCUUGGGGCACUGGGUUUAGACUGCGGAGCACUUGGGAAGGGGAGAAGGAGAGGCUGGAGCCUCAUCACCUGGACAGUGUCUUUUCUCAGAGAGCAGAU